AUGCCAGCCCCUUCUGGUUCUUGUUCUGGACAGGCAGAAAUUCCGCCGAAGCAUGAACCCAUCGCUAUCGUCGGGAUGGCAAUCAACAUGCCUGGCUCUCCUGAUGUAGCGAAGCUUUGGGAGGUAUUGGAGAGAGGGAUCAAUACUAUAUCAGAAAUACCUUCAACCCGCUUUGACAUCUCCAUCUACGACGGUAUCCAAAACCCCAACCGCCAAAUGAAAGUACACACUGGAAAUUUCAUCUCUGGAGCUGACGAAUUCGAUAAUACAUUCUUCAAAGUCAGUCCUAGGGAAGCAAGGUCUAUGGAUCCUCAACAACGGAUUCUCUUACAUACCGCGUAUGAAGCUCUCGAGGAUUCGGGAUACGUUCCCCGUUCCUCACCGUGUUUCGAUCCGGAGACGGUUGGGUGUUAUGUCGGUGCUACGGCUCAUGAUUAUGUGCAUAAUCUGCAGAAUGACAUUGACGUGUAUUAUAGUACCGGAACUUUAAACGCAUUCCUAUGCGGACGCGUAUCGUACGUUUUGAAGCUCGGCGGCCCCUCGAUCGUCGUUGAUACAGCAUGUUCGUCUUCGAGUGUGGCUAUCUACCAAGCUUGUCGUGCGUUAGUAAACGGAGAUUGCAAUGCUGCUUUAGCUGGAGGUGUCAAUAUUAUAACGAGCCCUGAUCUCUUCCUCGGACUUGACCGAGCCCAUUUCCUCAGCCCAACUGGCCAAUGCUCCGCCUUCGACGUUUCAGCAGAUGGGUACUCUCGCUCCGAAGGCUGCGGGAUGUUCGUCCUUAAACGGCUUUCAGACGCUAUAAACGAGAACGACAGAAUCUACGGUGUCAUCCGAGCCAUCGAAGUCAACCAAUCCGGUUCCGCAUCUUCCAUAACCCACCCACACUCCACUACUCAAUCGUUGUUGUUCAGGAAGCUGUUGGAAAAUGCGGGGGUAAAAGAUCCGAUGAGGGUUAAUGUCGUUGAGGCUCAUGGGACGGGAACGCAAGCUGGUGAUCCUACGGAGGUGGAGAGUAUUCGGCGGGUGUUCUGUCGUCAUCAAUGUGGUGAUGGUGGGGGACGAAACGACGAGAACCCUCUCUACCUUACGUCUAUCAAAGCAAACAUCGGACACUUGGAAACGGCGUCCGGAGCAGCAGGUCUCGCCAAGCUGUUGUUGAUGAUGCGAUAUCGUUCUAUACCUCCGCAGAUAUCGCUCAAGAGGUUGAAUCCUAACAUCUCUCCACUUGAAGAGGACGGUACGGUGAUACACAACGGGCUAGGGACUGUGGAGUGGAAGCCUUCUCAUCCUGGGAUGACGAGGAUGGCGUUACUUAACAACUUUGGUGCGGCGGGGUCGAAUACAGCUGCGUUGAUUGAGGAAUGGGUGCCUCCACCUGGACCUGAAGCUCGGGUGACUUCUGGUUCUAGCUCUGGGAUGCCAUACAUUUUCGGAUUCUCAGCCAAGGACAAAACGGCUGCUUUAUCGUUACGGGAUCGAUAUGUGUAUUUCCUCAACACCUCGCGAGAGGAUAUCGUCGACGUUGCGUAUACCAUGACUUCCCGGCGACAGUUAUACAAGUUUCGUGCUGCAGUUGUUGCCUCCAGUACCGAGGAGCUCGUUCAGAAACUACAGAACGUCGAGAUCCGGAAGGUCGACGAUACCCCAAAUACCCCACCGCCGAAUGUGGUAUUCGUGUUUUCGGGACAAGGAGGGCAGUAUCUGGGGAUGGGACGUGUGUUGUACGAAACUUCUCCGGUGUUCCGAGGUGCGGUUGACGAAUGCCAGAAUAUCUUGCUUGCGCUUGGUUCCACCGGGAUCUUGGAAAUUAUUACGGCAAAGGAGAACAUUGAGGUCGAAGUCGAGGCUUUCCAGAGUGCGGUAUUCGCUGUCGAGUAUGCGUUGGCGAAACUUUGGAUUUCGUGGGGUGUUGUUCCGAGUGCGGUGAUUGGGCAUAGGUCGGGUUAUCCCAGUCUUUUUUAUUCCAUUACUGACGACGUUUUCGAACCUUCCAGUCUUGGUGAAUACGCCGCUCUCGUCAUUGCUCAAGUCUUGACAUUACACGAUGCGCUGUUUAUAGUAGCCCAUCGUGCACGGUUAAUGUUCCAACGAUGCCACAAACAAACGAGUGGAAUGCUAGCUCUCAACCGUUCCGGAUCGUCCGUUCAACGACUUCUCCUUAUGCAUGAUUUUCAUCCCGACCUUUUCAUCUCCUGCUACAACGGCCCCGAGGACUGCGUCGUGUCUGGUCCGGUCUCGAGGACCUUUGAUUUCCAACGACUUUUUUCGGACACCGUGGGUAGGAAAUGUACGGUUCUUGACGUACCGUUCGGAUAUCAUAGUCGGUAUAUGGAGCCACUGCUUGAUGAACUUCGAGAAAUCGCUUCGAAAGUCCAGAUGGCUCCUCCUAAGAUACCGAUCGCUUCGAAUGUUCUCGGAAUCGUCAUUGAGCCAGGGGAUUCCUCAGUAUUCAAUUCGGAGUAUGUUGCUAGACAUUGUGUGGAGCCUGUUCAGUUUGAAGCUGGGAUUCAGGCAUUGGUUGCCCGUUCUAAGCUUCUCGCCGGCGCUACUCGUCAAGGAAAUGUCUGGAUCGAAAUAGGACCUCAUCCAGUUACACUUCCUUAUCUGAAAACGAAUCCCUUGACUUCCGGUGGUAGCACCAGUGGCAGCUUAUUGCUCCCGUCUAUGCGGAAACGGUGUAAUCCUUGGCUUACACUUACAACCAGCCUUGCGGAUCUCUUUUCUUCCAACGUUCCGAUUCGAUGGCGAGAGGUUUUCUCGCAUGUUUCUCCGUCCUGUAUACACCUCCCUUCCUAUCCGUUCUCGAAGAAACAGUUUUGGGUUCCGUAUGUGGAGCCAAACUUCCAGGGGUCUUCUUCCACAAUAGUUCCUGCUGCAUCUCCACCGGAACCUGCCACUUACACCUCGCAUCUCGCAGAAGGCAAAUGUUGGGUCCAAUAUCCAUCACCAUCUAACAACUUUACUGCCAUCUUUGAAACACCGCUAAGGCUAGUUUCCUCGUUCACUGUCGAACAUAGCGUUGCAGGUAUUCCUAUCGGUUCAGGAACACUGUAUUCCGAGCUCGUCAUGUCGUUCGUGAAGCUUGCGUCACGAUAUACCAACAAGAACCACCAGCCGAUAGGCAUGGAAGUUGGGAACGUCUUCAUUCGAGAUCUGGAAUUCGUCAAACCGUUAAUCACCGAAACCGUAGACAAUUGUGUUUUGACUAUCACAAUCGCGAUUGAUGACGAUAGUGGCUCAUUCACUAUAUCAUCCCGAGCCUUGCGAGAUACUGGCUUGGGGUCGAGUCUUCUCGCUCGAGGUGGAUAUACAAUCAAGGGCGAAACACGUAUCACCAACCACAAAUUCCAAAAGUUCUUGCCGAAGAUGGAGGACGGUAUCGCCCGUUUGUCGAGUCCAAACAGUAGAACUGAAACGUUCCUCGCGCAAACGGCUUAUACGUUCUUCUCGGGUGUGUUUGAAUAUGAACCCCAAUAUCGCGGAAUUCGUUCGGUUACUGUGUCUGCGGAUGGAACGGAGGGGUACGCACAGGUGCUCGUUCCUCCUUCUCCUCAACAAACCCGGGGAGCUGGUCCUGAGAAGUUGAAUAUCUAUCCAGUGUUGAUGGAUUCGUUCUGUCAAAUCGGUCUCGUUAUGGCUAGUCUUCAAGCAGGUCCUGACGACGGGUAUAUCUGCUCUGAAGUUGGUGCUGUCAAGACCGUUCCAAGUGAAAUCGACGUAGUGGCACCUUAUCUGACUUACUGUCGAGUAUCGUGGGCUUUGGAUCGUAGCGUCGCAACGACAGAUGUCUGGGCCUAUCGGUCGGACAGGCUUCCCCACAAGAUGGCUUUCUUUGCUGGUGGGGUCAAGUUCAAACGUGUUUCGCUCCCCACAUUCAAGAAGUUCCUCGAAAGGUGUCGCGGCUCUUCUUACUGUGUUCCUAAUAACCAUCCCUCGCCUCCUGAGACCUCGCAGCCCCGUUUCACAGACCCUCCUUUGUCUCUUCCUACACCACCUCCUGAAACCCCAUCUUCUCACUCGCAGAUUCUCCAGGCCGUUGCUGACACCUGUGGUAUGGAUCGGGCGUCUCUAGAUUCGUCAAACGAGCUCGCUGCUUUGGGAAUUGAUUCGUUGAUGCUCAUCGAGUUGAUUGAUAGGAUUCGCGUCGCAUUUCCCGAGUUCUCAUCACACGCGGAUAUCCUCUCCUCCUGUAUUACAGUCCGGGAUAUCGUCGAUAAGAUUGAUGGCUCCCUAGACUUAGCAACGAAUGCCGUUGUCCGCUCUGCCUCUCUCCCAGCUCUACCAAAUCCUCCACCCCAGCUACUGCGAGAGGAUCGAGAACCCGGAAUACAGAUUGCCGACGACAUUAUUGGUAUGGUGUCUUCCAUCCUCGGGGUACCUAUCCAACACAUGGAAGGAGAUACAUCCCUCGAUGCUUUAGGCCUGGAUUCCUUAGCGUCCAUAGAAGUACUCCAUGAAGUACAACAACGACUAGGUGUCACCCUCCCGGAUGAUUUCUUCCUGCACAAUCCCACCGUCACCUCAAUUCAAAGCUUCUUCUCCUCAGCGUCGACAAGUCCGACUGUCGUCCUUGAAACACCCCCCUUAUUGUCCCCCAGUCCCAAAACAGAUGACGAGGAUAAGCUGUUACCGGUAAAGUCCAUCAACUUGGAUUCUUCCCCUGGCGACGAUUCUACGAUAAUUCAUGCUCUACAUCUAUCAAACAACCCAACUCUCGUUCAUAACCGUCAAAUCCAAGGAACUACUCCGGUCUUUCUCAUACACGAUGGUAGCGGGGUAACCUCCUACUACGAGCGGAUGCCUACGUCCUCUCGUACGCUCUGGACGCUCCAUAGCCCUCACUUUCUCAACGCAAAACCAUGGAACAACCUCUCCGAGAUGGCCAAAAUGUACGCGGAGCGGAUUCUGACAGUUGUAACUGAAGGACCUAUUAUCCUCGGAGGAUGGUCAUUUGGUUCAGUCGCAGCAUACGAAACAGCUCUUCAGCUUCGUAAGCUAGUAGUCGGAUCAACAAAACCGAACCUGCACGUCCAAGGACUCCUCCUUAUCGACCCUCCCAACCCUCUCAACCACGUUCCUCUCUCCCCUUCGCUUGUCAGUAGGAUGCUCAAAGAACGCGAAGCAGCGCAUGUACGCAUACAAAGCGCGAUAGCCAACAAGGUGGAAAGCCUAAUCCACAACCAAUUCGGUCUAAACGGAAGUUUGCUUGGAAAGUACGACCCAUUUGAUACACCGAAGGAGCUAGGUCACCUCCCAACGGAUCUGUGUCCACGGAUCGCUUUGCUGAGAUCUAGAGAUCCGUACGUUGGGAGCGGGGAUGAUGAUGUACCCGCAUGGAUAAACGAUCGUUCAGAUCCGACUGGUGCUACGAAAGGUUGGAAGAACCUCACGUCGAGUCCGGUAAAGGUUUGGGAUAUUCCUGGGAACCACUUUGAGCCGUUUUUACCAUCGAACAUCAAAGAGGUUUCGAAUUGUAUGGAGAAAGCGUUAGAUUACCUACAAAGUCAAGAUGCGAAAUAG